GACCAGCCAUUGUAAGUAAUUAAUCUCUAAAGAAAACCUCUCUGUAAGUAUGAGGUGCAGGUAUUGUCAUAAUAAGGCGGAUUUAAAUGUUAAAGGUGUAGAGCUCCGAUGUUCAAUUGUUAGUCGCUUUGCUGUAUCAUCAACGUGGCCAGCAGCCAGACCAAUCAACAUGGACGUCCCAGGAGGAAUUUCCGUUUACAAAAUGUAGUUGCUUCUUUCCUUUUCUUAAAUUUUCUGCUACCUCCUUUCUAGCCCUUGUUCUUGUGGAAUUUAUGUCAGAAAAAGUCAGAGAAUGUUUUUAAAGAACAAUAAUGAUUCAGCACACCGACCCAUUGACAAGGGCAUCGUGUGUGCAUCUGUAGCACCAUCUAGAGGACAGGAAUUAUGUGUGUAAACAGUAAAGACGAAUAUAUUGACGCCUGAAAUAGUGAAGUGAUACAGAACGAGGAAAAGUUGUGAAGUUUGGUAUCACACUAGUACUAAUCAAUCUCCCUGUUUCCCCUCGUGUUUGCCUGACGUUUUCUCACUCUUUUUAUUUCUCUCUCCUACUUUCUUUUUAUCUGUCUCUCUCUCCCGUUGACGUCAUGAUACUGGGCCGCUCUUUUGGUGAAACCAUAGGAAUGCGACACACACUAACACUCACAGUUUGUAUUUUCAGCAGUGCACAGCCCUAGUAGUGUGUUGUCUGCUCGUGUCUGUGCUUCUUCGCUCGAGCGUCAAUCAUUUUUCACCGUCGUCAACGUCAACUGAAACAGCGCGGUGGUUUUACACUCGUUCUCUCUCUCUUUUUUUUACGUCGCUCUCAGCGCCGUUCCCCACAUGAGUUACGGUGGAUAGUACACGUUCGUCUAUGCGUUGCCGUCGUUGUUGUACUUGGGACUGAAAGAGAUCUGAUGCUUGGCUGCAGCUGCCCCAGCCUCCAUCAUGUUCUCAAAGAAGAAAAAGACUCGUGUUCAGAUCUCGGCUCCAUCGAACUUCGAGCAUCGUGUGCACACAGACUUCGAUGAGCAGGAGCAGAAAUUUGUGGGAUUGCCUCGUCAAUGGCAGUCCCUCAUCGAAGACACGGCCAAACGGCCCAAACCCUUCAUCGAUGCAACUGUCAUUACCACGGUAGAACCUCGCAAGACAAUCGUGCGAGGUAACAAGAUGGCAGUGGACGGCUCUCUAACAUGGCUGUUGGAUGAGUUUGACACCAUGUCUGUAACUCGUUCCAACUCUCUACGACAUGGAAGCCCCCCUCUUCCACCCCGGAGGGACCCGAGCAAUCCAGGAGGAGGAGGAGGAGGAGGGGGAGGAGGGCAGGAGAAUGGAGACCCUCAUCACAGACACCAUUCACACACAGAAAGGCAGGACAGCCAAAGAUCCAGGUUAGAACAUCAGAUUGGAACUGACCCUCACCAAGGUCAGAGGGCACUUCGUCCGGCUCUAAGGGAUGAAGGAGUUCAUAUUCGGCCUCAUCAGCAGCCGCGUGGCCAGGAGCCCAGCAGGGGCCAGAGGGACAAGCCAGGCUCUGGUCCUCCUCCUCCUCCUCACAGAGAUAGAGAGUCACGGGACCAGGCUGUUCGCAGGGAUCAGCCCAGUGAUCACAGACCAAAGUCAAGCUACGUGACGCGGGAUGGCAGUCCUCAGUCUCCUCGGGACAAAAGGCCUCUGUCUGGCCCUAAUAUUCGCACCCCAAACCUUCCAGUAACAGAGGGGGUAAUAAAAACAGUGCAGCAGAGCACGCGGCCGUUCAACACAUACCCUAGGACAGAAAGUGACGGUGGACGAAGCCCCACAGGACAGCCUGUUCAUUACCCUGAAUCUUCCCCACAAAACGGCCCCUCGAGUGGCUCAAGCCGAGGUCCUGCCAGUUCCAAACCUCCUAUCAGCCAUCCACAUCCUCAUCACACUUCCCACCCGAGCCUGGCCCCUGAGCCCCCCCAGCACCCACACACUCCACACCCCAACGUUCCAGCUCCAAAGCCUCCAGUGCCUUCAGUACCUCCGGGGUCCACUGCUCCAUCUCAGGGUCGAUCCCCACAGAGGGAGCCACAAAGGGUUUCCCAUGAGCAAUUUAGAGCAGCCUUACAGAUGGUGGUGGAUCCAGGGGACCCCAGGACCUACCUGGACCAUUACAUCAAGAUUGGAGAAGGCUCCACAGGGAUUGUGUGCAUAGCCACAGUGAAGACAACAGGGAAACUGGUUGCUGUGAAGAAGAUGGAUCUGAGAAAACAGCAGCGCAGGGAGCUCCUCUUUAAUGAGGUUGUGAUCAUGCGGGACUAUCAUCAUGAUAAUGUAGUGGAGAUGUACAACAGCUACCUGGUUGGAGACGAGCUCUGGGUUGUCAUGGAGUUUCUGGAAGGAGGAGCUCUCACUGACAUUGUGACUCACACCAGGAUGAAUGAGGAACAGAUUGCCACUGUGUGUCUGUCUGUCCUGAAGGCACUUUCUGUGCUCCACACACAGGGUGUAAUUCACAGAGACAUAAAGAGUGACUCCAUCCUCCUCACUCAUGAUGGUCGGAUUAAGCUAUCUGAUUUUGGGUUCUGUGCUCAAGUGUCAAAGGAAGUGCAGAGAAGAAAGUCUCUGGUUGGAACGCCAUACUGGAUGGCUCCAGAGCUCAUAUCCAGGUUGCCGUACGGACCAGAGGUGGACAUCUGGUCUCUGGGUAUCAUGGUCAUAGAGAUGGUGGAUGGAGAGCCACCGUACUUCAACGAGCCACCACUCAAAGCCAUGAAAAUGAUUCGAGACAACCUGCCACCUAAACUAAAGAAUCUGCACAAGGUUUCUCCUGUACUCAAAGGCUUCCUGGACAGGAUGUUGGUGCGAGAACCUGCUCAGAGGGCCACAGCCAGUGAGCUCCUCAAACACCCCUUCCUGACGAAGGCCGGUCCGCCGUCCUGCAUCGUCCCUCUGAUGAGACAGAACAGGAUGAGAUGAGACUUGUUACACUUGGACCUCUGUAGACUGGAGAUUUGGAGUGAGUCGGUUCAGGUAGACCAGAAUACUGCUGCACACAAAUGAGUGGCCCACACGGGACACACAUCACAGAUGACAGGAGUGUGGAGUGAGUGUAGAGCAGGUGUGCAGGACAAUUCUAAUGUUUGAUGUGAAUCACUGAACUGUUGGGGGAUUCUCUCCUGAAAAAUGGCAAUAAGGCAGGGUGUGUGUGUUUGUGUGUGUGUGUGUGAGAGUGAGACAGUGUGUGAAGCCAAUGCUGUUUGUUACAGAAUUAAGUGGCCCUAGUUUUUUCUGGUGUGCGUGAGUGUGAGGACACUUACAUCUGAAACCUUCCAACCUGGAACGACUGUUGUAAUUUUAUAAUUGGGAAACAACCUGGAUUUUAUGGGUUUGCACAGCAUUUAGAUGAUUUUAAGAAGCUGCCCCUCGAUUGGCUGAGUGAUGGUCAGAACAGAAUUUGAAAUUCACUGUCUGGAAGCCAAAUGUUUUUCUCUUAAAGGACCUCACCUACCAAUGGAUCCCACACCCUGACACUGACCCACAUCCUCAUCACACCCAGACCUUACUACUGAGGGAGGAUGCUUUUUUUUGACUCAUGAAUGAGCCACGUGGACUUUUAUUUUGUAGCUAUAAAAACUCUAACUUUCUGUUGUAAACAAGUAAAAGAACAGACACUAAAAUGAGAGGUAAACACUGGAGUUGUGUUUUUUUAACAGAUUUUUUUUUGUCUUAUUUUCCUGUGUAAGUACAAUGAAUAUAGAGAGAUAUAUCAAUUUUGAUGUUUUACUUUCUGUAUUUUGUGAUUGUUUUCAAAUGAUUAUCAUGGUUUUUACUGGUUUGAGAGUGAGAUGUGAUUUCAAAGGCCUGUGGACAAUGGAUAGAAGCUGCACGACUAGUUGAUCAUAGCACACAGAUCACAGACACUAAGGUGUGUGUCACUAAGCCCCUCAGAUACAUUUCUGUAGAAAAAAAAAUCAGAUUAAAGUAUAUGAACACUUAAAUAGAAAACAUGUUUUUAAACGACCUAUGUCUAAACCAUGUCUUCUUGUCUGGACCCAGUUAAACCUACACGCGUACUAUAGCAAGGUGCUUCAGUCCAACGUUUUUAAAAUCCCCUGUUAACACCAGAUGUGAAUCAGAAAUAGACUUAUUUAAGUUGCUGCUUCACAAAACAAGAUGCGAGAGCGUCAAACGGUGUCUUCUUCGACCUACCAGGAUUUCCCCUGUCACCUGCUUUGGAGUCAUGACCUUUCAUCAGACAAAUACUGUCUGACAUUUUGUUUUUCUGAACAUCUUGAUUCGAAAUGAAUACAAAUUGCUGUAAGGGCAGAUGACAACAAUGUGUUUUUUCUAUUCUGCGGUGCCUGUCGGGCUCCUUAUAUGGCAGUCACUGUCCUUCAACAAACACACAGCGGCUGUUGUUUACAGUGAACGGUCAGCUGUCGAGGGAGUGCUCAUCGUGUUCUUCUACUACACUGCACAUCCAGGCAAAUCCAUGAAUGUUUGAUUGUCUGGUUAAAUAUUCUCCCAGAACAUGAACACACCUCUCAGUGUAAAAGUCAUUUAUUCAGAUUGACCUGGUCUGUUAAAUUUGAACAGUGCUGACAAAACACCAAGUCAGAAUGCUGAAUGAAUGAAUUACUGCUGUGUGUGUUCGUGUGUUUGUGGUCUGGAUCUUAUUAUCCUCCCACUUCUGUCCUGAGGUUACAGUUACACACUGUGCUGUUGUAGCAGUGGGCAGUGAUUUAUACUGAGGGCACGGAUUACAGAUUAGGCCUCGGCUGUGUUAUCAAUCCUCCUCUCACUCAUGAUGAGACGCAACGAUGCACAAAACGGUCUGCACAUAUACAUUCCUCCUCUUUAAGCUCACAUUUAAGUAUGCAUUUUUUUUCACCUCUGACUUUUUUAUUUACUUCCAAACCAUAACUAAACAAGUUGAUGAUUUCUGUGAAUCUUAUCUCUGUACACAUAACACUAACUGUUCAUGUUCUGCACACAAAAAAAGGUUUAAUAUGCUGUGAUAUAAUGCAAUGUUACACUGCUGAUGCUGAACAAUCGCUUUCAUGUGUAAAGCUCAUACUUUCACAAAGUUGAACUCUGUGCAGGUCUGAACGACAUUAUCUCUCUGGACUUACUUUCUAAAGAAGGUUCAGUUUACGCUGAAAGAACAGAUCGAUGACAAUCAGACAGAGGAGAAGCAGUUCAUUUGUUUAAUCUGUGAUAUUGUAAAAGACACAAAACAGGGACUUUCUCACUCCGACUUUUUUUUUCUUCAGAAUUUUCUUUUUUUAAUUUUGACUAAUCUAACACAAACCUGGCUCCAUUACAAGGAUAGGGAUCAGAAUGGAAAAAGCAUCUAUUCAAAAUGACCUGCAAAUAUUGGUGGUUUUGAGUAUGGCUGUAUGAUAUGAAUUUUUAAUUAAUUUCACUAAAUAUUGCGAUUUAAAGAUGUCAUUUUGACAGCCUUACGUUUAAGAUGUUUUUACGUGAAGGCUGCAGUUUGGGAAUUUGACUAUUUUAUAAAAGGAUGAAGUCAAAACAGGACUAAACAGGAGGGACAUUCAAGUUAAUUCAAUAUCUUAUUUUAUAAAAAUACAUAUAUUUGGUCUUUGUAUAUCCUAAAGAUCCAGGUUACGGCCCACUGCUCUCUAGAUGGUCUUAUUUUGAUCAAGUAUGUUCAUUUACCACUGCAACCUUAUUGUAGUGACUUUUACUGUGUUCAUAUUCUGGACUUGCUAGUUUUAGACUAUUUCAGAAGUACUUGUGUGUACACAUCCCUCCUGUAUUUGGUUUUUUCCCGUUUUAGUCAUUUGUCUCAACUAUCUUGCAUUAAUUUCCUCUGUUCGCAGAGUGUGUGAUAUUUUAGACUCUUUCACAAUGUUGUCAUCGUGUAAAAACCCAAACGACUUCUCACUUGAUAUAAAUGAUGUUCACAUCACAGUUCAGACCCACUCAGACAUCAUACCCAUACUGUCUAAAGGUCUCCGUGUGUGACCAACACACAGAAGGCCUGUAAAGACUCUACUGCUGUUUGUUUUUGUAUUUUGUUCUUCUUUUUUUUAAAACUUCUGUGAACAACUAAUUCAUGCCUUAACACUUAAUGGAUUUGACUCUGACACUAUGACUGUUAUUGAUGGUGAAGGCUCAUUUCUGACCUGUUCUGAUCUUCCCAGCUCUUCCAAACACUCUUUGUUGGUCCUUUCCUACUGGACCGUUUCACUGAGUCCAACAUGGUUACUAAGAUAGUGACCGCCAGCAGCCUGGUGUCAAAUCUGCCGCACAACAUCCUUCCGUUUAUUGACUGUUAUCUUUCUCACUGACACUGACUUCAAGUCUGAUUUUGUUGAUCUGUGGGCAUAUUGACAUGAUUGUGUCAGACAUCCUUUUUUGUGUGUGUAAAUUUCACUGGUAUUGUAAAAAAAAAAAACAUAGAUGUCACAUUACAAAAAUUUACUUUUUUUGCAAAUACAUUUUUUGUAAGAGUUG